UGAAAUACGGACUCACGCACACUAUGCUCUUCAUUUGAUACGGGAUAUCAGUCACAUCUACAUGAAAAUAAUCUGAGUGGAACGAAGCACAUUUGUGCAAAGUGAAUUUGCAUAAGACUGAUUUCUAGAUCAUUUUCCUCGAGACACUGCAUGUUUUGGCAUCUGUCAAACUGGAUUCAUGGCACAGAUACAACUCUGCUCUUAUCUUGCCAAACAGAAUUUGUAAACGCUUUUAUUACACGUUCUAGGAGAGAACUGCCAUGUCGCUUGUUGCCAGUUACUUUACUUUGAACUGUGUAAGAAUAUGUGUGAAUCCUUUUAGCUCAGCUAUAAUUGGAUAAAUAUUUCUGAGGAGAGGACUUGACGCCUCAUUCUACAAUUCAUUUCGCAUGUAGCAGGAUCUAGCCAAACACUUGGAUACCAUUCACGAUGGCAGAGAGGCUGAACAGCGAAGAGAUGACUGAACCCCCAAGUGAUGACACACCAAGUACAAGUGGUCAAACGUCGAGGCAAACACAUAGAUUCGAUGACGUCAUCCUCAAAGUAGCAAAAGCCAUAUCAGAUGAUGGUGAUGUAAUGAGACUUGGUGUUGAGCUGGGAGUCCAGAUUGCUGAUAUCAACCGGGCAUUGGAGACGAAUUGGGCUGGAGGUAGAAAGACCAGUAAUGGUAAUGUGAUGCUGCUUCAGAACUGGGCAGAGACGGUCAAACCAUCCAAGCAACUUUCCAUUCUUAGAGCUGCUCUCCAGGCGGCUGACUUCAAAGAAAUAGAGGAGACGUGUUUGCAAAGAAAAGGUGAACACAGUGAUAUUCCUGAAGAAGUACAACGAUUAAGAGAGAAGUUAAAGGCUAGAUAUAUCGAAGAAUUUAGCGAGGUCAAAGUAUCUCCUAUGGACCCCGAAUCACGCACAUGGCUGCAGCAUAUCUUCGUCAGUCUCAUUUUAAUGUUAGGGGGUACAAGAGAUCAGAAAAAAGAAAUUCGAUAUGAGAAUCUGUUCAGUCUCAUUCAAAAAAAGACUGAGAAAGGAUUCAUAACACGGUUAGCCUUUCUUGGAGAAGCUGGUGUGGGCAAAUCGACCUUAUUUGCAAAAAUAGCCCUCGAUUGGGCGAUGGGUAAAUGUCUCCAAGAUAUCACUCUUCUCUUUCACGAAUCAUUUCGAGACAUAGAAGAUAGCCCCUUUUUUGGUGAUAUCGUUUUGAAUCAUUUCCCAGAUGACACAAAGAUUAUAGGGGAAUGGAUUGAUGAAUACAUCAAGGAGAAUCAAAGGAAAGUUCUGAUCUUACUGGACGGGCUGGACGAGGCUAAAAUGGACAUGAAAUGUUCAAACCGUAAACUUGCUAUCGUCUCGAUCGCAAGAAGGGAGAGAUUUAUUGACACAUCCGUUCUCAUUAGUUCACGUCCUUUUGGAGCUGAUCAAAUCAAGAGCAUUCCGAAAAUCCAUGAAAAGUACUCUUACAUACUGGUUGAGGGUUUUACGAAAGAAAACACGAAUAAAUAUAUCAAACAGUAUUUCAAAAAUGACACAGCUUCUGCAUCCAGUCUCAUCCACUUCAUAAACACUAACCGUGUAGUUUCUGCGUUUAUGGCACCAUUCCCAAUCUUUUGCUGCAUGCUGUGUUACAUGUGGGAAGUAGAAUCUAAGCGCAAAACAACUGAGAAGCUACAAACGAUCUCCCAACUAAUGAAAGAGAUUGACUUCGCUCUUAGGGAACAAUAUUCUUCAAGACACACUGACAGAAAGGAAGGGUACCAAUGUCAUAUGGAGAAGGCUGUUGAAGCCAGUGCAAAGGUUGGUCGUGUGGCCUUCGAGGGGUUGCUGAAAAAUCAGCUAAUCUUCACCAAAGAGGAAAUGGAAGCCUGUGAUGAGGCUGCAGCAGUAGCAUGUCAGGUUGGGAUUCUGAGUGGGAAAAAGAGGUUGGCCUCAAAGGAAAUCAGACAAACAGAGGGAAAGCAGUUCAUUCAAGAGUUCUGUUUCCCUCACAAGCUACUGCAGGAACAUACUGCCAGCCUAUACCUUGCAUCGCUGUAUAACCACAACCGUUCGGAAUUCAACAGAAUCUUGACACACAAGCUGUUAAAGGACUACAGGGCAUUAGAAUAUGUCUUGUACUUCACUGCAGCUCGUGGAGGUGAAGUAGGAAAGUCGGUCCUGGAAGCCCUAUGCAAUCAAGUUGAUGACAUGAAGUUCAUCAAUCAGUGUGCAUUUGAAUGUCAUGAUUCAGAAGCCAUUGGUCCCGUCAGGAACCUGUUGAAUACAAAGACAUGUCUUACGUUAGCUUCUUUGUUCGUUUCUGUCGCCGCUUUAUUCUUCACACUGGAAUCAAUAGGGAAGGAAGUAGUAAGAAGAAGUUCCUCGAUUCGUGCAACAUUGGGUGUUAGCGAGUUCUUCGAAAGUAACGAAUCAUCGUCUGAUGUCGCAGCAGCAGUAGGACUCUUUACAUUGCAGAACUUACGAGAGUUGUACAUUAGCGAGCGCCUGGAUGACAAAUUCUACCUAGGAAUGUCUGCUGCAGCUUCACAGUCCAAGAUUGAGAAGCUAACCUACUGGAACACAGAUCUGGGUUAUCAUGCAUCCUCUCAUUACGCGAGAGGUAUCUGCUUCAUGCCGAAUCUUCGAUCACUGUAUAUGUUCUGUGUGGAGCUGAGUGAUGAGUUCUACUCGACGAUGGCCACUGAGGCAUCACAAUCAAAGAUUGAAAAGCUAAAGCACGCAAAGGCGGAUCUGGGUUCUGCUGCAUCCCAUCAUUACGCAAGAGGUCUCUGCUCUAUGCCAAAUCUUCAAUCACUGAAUCUAAACGAUGUUGGGCUGAGUGAUGAGUUCUACUCGACGAUGGCCUCCGAGGCAUCAAGAUCAAAGAUCCAGACGCUGGAUAUGGAGAAAGUUUCCAUAACUCCAUGUCGACUACACUCCAUUCUCUCGCUACCAUGCCUCCAGUCACUCAGCUUGACGGAUAUCAGAUCAGUUGACAUAGACGAUGGAGAGACACUGACUCGACAAAUAACCUCAGUAGAUGAGCUGUCUGUGGAUGGUAAGCAUGUGACCAGCCUGUGGAAUCUUGGACUUCAUUCAUCAUGUCCCCGAGUGAAAACUCUCAUACUGUACUGGUUGGACGAUGGGGAGAAUGUCUCAUCAGAUAUCGUCACAAUGGCCUGCUCUCCAUUCCAUCAUCUAACUCACCUUCACACCCAUGGAUGCUGGUUUAGUACAUCGACUACACUGAAUGAUCCCGUUUCAUUCUGCAAGGCGGUGAUAACAUCAUGUCCUCGGCUCACCAAGCUGUCCAUUACCCGCGUAGUCCUGUACAUCAAUCAUGCAGCUGAGAUCAUCCAACUCAUGAAGACUCAUCCAAACCUGGCAAGCAUAGAGUUGCAUUGGUGUGGUACCGACGCGGAUCUGGAUCCACUGAUUUCUGAGGUAAACAGUGAAGGCAAGCUGACUGUCACCGUGAAGCAUGGCUGGGUAAGAUAUAACAAUAGAUUACAUGCCCAUCCUUUGAUUGAUUCUUCUCCCUCUUACUUGUAUUCCAUCGAUUCAAAUUAGGUUAUUUUUUUAUUAGCCAUGUUUAACUCCGCCCAAUCUGUACCCAAGAAUAAACAUAAUACAUACAGUUUAAGCUGUCUUUAAUGUGUUUAUUCUGGCCUGAUUAGAAUAAUCACGUAUAGCAAUAGGUUUGUUCGUGUUUUCUGUAAUGAUAUCCGGAAACUGAAAUAUAACAAACAUAGAGAAAAAGAUUUUUACAACUAUAUGAAUAUUUUUAGUGAAAAGGUACUUUUCCUUUAUGUACAUGGUGUAAAAGCAAAAAUGUUCAUGUUACUUCGUCCUCUUUAAAAAAAAGCGAUAUGACCUUAAUAUCUGAUGAAAGGAUGAAAUAUUUUCUCGUAUCCUAUCUAUAGCUCUACUUAAAGAAAUGUGUCAUAUGAUAAUGUAGCAUGCAUCUCACAAAAUAAAGUCUACUUCAAUCCGUAGCGAAAAGUAGAAAGGCAAAACAUGCUUAUAAUAUAUCAAUACCCAUGCGUUUGAAUUCACAAGUGUACAGUAUAUUGGAAAGAAAUUCCAACAAAUUACGCUGCUCUAUAUUAGCAAACAUAAACUACACUUAGCACCAUGGCAAAAAGUAGAUACAUAAAACAUGCUUCUUACAAUAUAGCAAUAUCCAUUAGUUUAAGUAUAUGAGUUUUAAUAUAUUGGAAACAAAUUCCUACGAACCACACUGCUUUUUUCAGAACAUGUUAAAGAUGCAUAAUCUUGUUUGUAGUCUGCAUGUAUUCAAUAAAAACUGCCUGUAUGUUCUUAACUCUGUAAUAAAAACAAAAACAAAAUUCAUGAAAAAAUUAUGUCAUUAAGAUGUGUGAUAGGUACGGAUUGUAUUAUGCCUAUAUGCGUCUCCUCUUCCUGUGCCUGCCACCUUGGUCAUGAUAGCGAAAUCAUAUAUAUAUUUCAAAUCUCCCCUGCCUGAAAAUUAAUCCUUGUACUACCUUUUUUAACAAUAUUAUUUAUCAAUAUAAAAUUUCUUGCAAAUAGUAAUCAAAUUCAAAUAUAAUUGUGGUUUUACUAAAAAAUGAUAUCCUAGGAUUUUACAUAAAUUUCUCUCUUCUUCGAAUGCAGACAUGUGAAUGAAUCCAUCGCCUUACUGAUUUGAAUUUAAAUGUAAAAAAAUAAUAAUGAUCAUAGUAAACAUUUAUAAUACGCCAUGUCUGUCAAAAUUGACACUCCUGGCUUUUAUAUAAAUGAUUGUGAACUAUUUAAUCGUUAGGUAUCUAACCUACAUGAAUUUCAAUCUCCGGAAGAUAAUUUUUUUCACUUAUUUAAAAAUCAUUUUUAACUUAUUUUUUUUUUGGCUAAUUUUAUUUACUAAUUUAUUUUAAAAAUGCCCCUAUUGUCAUGAAUAGUAAAUGUCAUAAGGUUAUUAUUUAUACAUCCACAACUUGACUUGAUAAAUAUGUAAUCCUCCCAAUACUGUAAUAAAUGUUACUUUCUCUCCCUCCCAGCUCCUCUCUGUCCCUUCUCUUUCUUUUGCUAUUUAAAAAAAAUCUUGCUUCCUUCCUUACUUCAUUUUCAUGCCUCGCUUCAUAUUGUAUGUAUUCUUAUUUUCAUUUUCAAGAGGACGUCACUUCAAGCUUGUGUUUAAGACGACCCCUUUUC